GAAGCUCCCUUCACCCUUCCUCAUUCCCGCCGCCGCUGUUUUUCCCUUCUUCAGAAGCUGGAGGGCAGCCCGGAAAACCCAGGGAAGCCGGAGCCCAGGCGGAUCCUCCUGGAUCCCGCAGGGCUUAAGCAGCGUGCAGCUCUCUCUAGCUCUCCUGCAAAGCCUCCCCUGCCUCCAUCCUCCUCCCAGAAAGGAAAACGGAACGAUCAAGCUUCUAAACUGGCUUUAUCCCUCCCCCUCUUCCUAGGGGAGCUAAAGCAGAAAGUACCGUUCUGUGAUUCACUGGAGAAAAAAGAGGGUGGAGGCAGCAAAGAACUCCGAGUGCCAAAACUAAGUAAGUUCGCUGACAAAACGCACGCAGCUGGCACCAUCCCCGGGUGCACCAUCCCCGCGGAGACCAAGUGGGCUUGGCGUAGAGUGGGCACAGAGUCAGGGGCCAACUUCGGUCCCUACGCGAUCCAGCGGCCGGGAGAAGGAACCGCUGCCCGAAGUUCCUGCAGAGAACGGGGGUGGUCAGUGGAGGGAGAUCAGUAGAGCGGGGUGCUUUUCCUCACUUGGCCGCCUGGUGAGUGUCGGGGAGAUUGGCGAAUACCUCUUAAAGAACCGAAAGAAAUAGCCGUGGAAAAGUGGAGAAAAGUGAUCGGGAAGCCGGUCCACUCCGGGCAGCUCUUCAUCUCUCCGGUUAAGAGCGAGGUGCGGGGAUUGAGCUUCCCAGCGCUUUCCAGGUGAGGGGACUGCCCGACCGACUGCCGACCUUCGACUCACAGCCAUCGGUGCUCGCGAGCCUGGGAGAACCUCGCUCCUCAGCAUCGAGGUCGAAAAGUUCUGGUCACGUCUGGCCAGGAAAAGUUCCUGCCCCAGGUGGUUCUCAAUUCCUUACUUGAUUUUUUCCCCCUGACAACUUUUCGAUAGAGGCAUUAACUUUUUGUACGGAAGCUGCUUUGGCGAGCGAGGAGGAGGAGGAAAGUGAAAUUUGAUGGAGCAGAGCGACUCCUCCUUGUUUUGCCUUCUUCCCAUACCUUAAGCCAUCACCUCUGGAAGAUUAAAGCUGUUGGACGUGGUGACAGCUGAGCGCAGGAUUUCUUUCCAGGUGGAGACCCUCCAUUGCCUGUUGGGUCUACUCCUCCUGCGUGCAUGUGUGCGACAGCUGCGGCGCAGGGUACUUGGUUCUGCUCGUGGAGUCUCAGCUGCGACCCGAGUGAAUGGCCCCCAGGGGCUGCGCGGGGCCUCUGCCUCCGCCACCCUCGCAGGCUUGGGUCUGGCCGGGAAAGAUGCUAGCCAUGGGGGCGCUGGCAGGCUUCUGGGUCCUCAGCCUCCUCACCUAUGGUUACCUGUCCUGGGGCCAGGGCUUGGAGCAGGAAGAGGAAGGGGCUUUACGACCUCAAGCUGGAGAGAGCCCAGAGCCCAGCAUAACUGCCAACUCCCAGCCUCAUCUCAUUUUCGUCCUAGCGGAUGAUCAGGGAUUUAGAGAUGUGGGUUACCAUGGAUCAGAGAUAAAGACUCCCACUCUUGACAAGCUUGCUGCGGAAGGAGUUAAACUGGAGAACUACUAUGUCCAGCCUAUUUGCACACCGUCCAGGAGUCAGCUUAUUACCGGAAAGUAUCAGAUACACACCGGACUUCAACAUUCUAUCAUAAGACCUACCCAGCCCAACUGCCUACCUCUGGACAACGCAACCCUACCUCAGAAGCUGAAGGAGGUCGGAUAUUCAACACAUAUGGUUGGAAAAUGGCACUUGGGUUUUUAUAGAAAAGAAUGUAUGCCCACCAAGAGAGGAUUUGAUACCUUUUUUGGUUCCCUCUUAGGAAGUGGUGAUUACUAUACACACUACAAGUGUGACAGCCCCGGGAUGUGUGGCUAUGACUUGUAUGAAAAUGACGAUGCUGCCUGGGACUACGACAAUGGCGUAUACUCCACACAGAUGUACACUCAGAGAGUGCAGCAAAUCCUAGCUUCCCAUGACCCCAGAAAGCCUAUAUUUUUAUAUAUCGCCUACCAGGCUGUGCACUCCCCACUGCAAGCCCCCGGCAGGUAUUUUGAACACUACAGAUCUAUCAUCAACAUCAACAGGCGCAGGUAUGCUGCCAUGCUUUCCUGCUUAGACGAAGCGAUCAACAACGUGACCCUGGCUCUAAAGACGUAUGGUUUCUAUAACAACAGCAUUAUCAUAUAUUCUUCAGAUAACGGUGGCCAGCCCACGGCAGGAGGAAGUAACUGGCCUCUCAGAGGGAGCAAAGGAACCUAUUGGGAAGGUGGGAUCCGGGCUGUUGGCUUCGUGCACAGCCCGCUUCUGAAAAACAAGGGAACGGUGUGUAAGGAGCUUGUGCACAUCACUGACUGGUACCCGACUCUGAUUUCACUGGCUGAAGGACAGAUUGAUGAAGACAUUCAGCUGGAUGGCUAUGAUGUCUGGGAGACCAUCAGUGAAGGCCUUCGUUCUCCCCGAGUGGAUAUUUUGCACAACAUCGACCCCAUUUAUACCAAAGCGAAAAAUGGCUCCUUGGCCGCAGGCUAUGGGAUCUGGAACACUGCCAUCCAGUCGGCCAUCAGGGUGCAGCACUGGAAACUGCUCACAGGGAACCCGGGGUACAGUGACUGGGUGCCCCCUCAGUCUUUCAGCAACCUGGGGCCGAACCGGUGGCACAAUGAACGGAUUACCUUGUCAACUGGCAAAAGUGUGUGGCUGUUUAACAUCACAGCCGACCCGUACGAGAGAGUGGAUCUUUCUAACAGGUACCCCGGAGUUGUGAAGCAGCUCCUCCGGAGGCUCUCCCAGUUCAACAAAACCGCAGUGCCUGUCAGGUACCCCCCCAAAGACCCUAGAAGUAAUCCUCGGCUCAAUGGAGGCGUCUGGGGACCCUGGUAUAAAGAGGAAAACAAAAAACAGAAGCCAAGCAAAAAUAAGGCUAAGAAAAAGCAGAAGAAAAAUAAGACAAAGAAGAAACAACAGAAAGCAGGCUCAUUUCCAAAAUGCCAUUCAGGUGUUACUCGUGGAUAAGUACACAUUUUUUCCUAACUUAAGCUUAGGUCAGUUCUUAGUCCUUCACCCGUAUUCUAGGUGAACCAGCAAAAUUUGGCUCAGUGGGAUCACUGCCAUCAGCAUCAGACUGUUUUCGUGUUGGGCCACUCCAGAGACUUCUGCUGCCUGGAAAACUUUUGCUCGGUGCCAAAGGUGCUACUCUUGGGAGCCACCCUUAGAGGAUAACAGAGAUGUUUCGUUCUCUUGCUCCUUUAUACAAGGUGUAGUCAGUGAGGAGUGCUGCUGUGCUUCAGUCAACCGACCAAACACUAUGCGUUACAUUAUAACAUAGGACUGCAGUCUGUGAUUGAUUUACAUGCUAAUUCGGUGGAAGUUACAGGGUAGCAAGAUUUAAAACUACCUUUGGUAAAGUCUAGUCAAAGGUUGCAUCACCUCAAAGGCCUUGAAAAAUACUUUUUUUCUUAGUGAAUUUUUCUAUCUCUGUUAUAGGACACUUGGGGUUUUUAAUUAAUUCCAUUUCAUAUAUCAUUUUCCUUUCCUGUGAAAUUAAGCUGUUUUUUUCUCACACGUGAACAGCUUGCACCUCAUUUUAUCAUGUACGAGGGAAUGGCAAAUAAAAAUGAGCACACUGCCAAAACGUGAAUGUAACUGUUUUCUAAACACUUUAAUAGAGUUACGUUUCAGCAUAAAGUACAUAAUUUAUUUUUACAGAAAAAAUUAAUUAUUUUGUUUCAUAGAAAGUUAUACAGAUGGUUUUUAAUUAUUUUAUUUUUAUUUUCUACAUGUCAUUUGAAGAGUUUUAUUUCAUACCAUCAAGAUUAUC